GCGAACGUCGGGUCCUUAAAGGACGGUAAUAUCUCCCAGCUGCCUUAAUUAGUCCUAAUGGCCCGAGUGGUGACCUGCUGCAACGAUGGGUUAGCAAAUGUGAAGAAAACGACGGAAUUAGGUCGUUAACGUCGAUGAUAGCAUUAGCUUGUUUUUGUUGUGUCAGUUUAAAUACCGUAAACUUCAUAAUACGAUCGCACCGUCAGUGACAGUGUAAAUGCUUCUUUUUAGAGGUACAAAAAGAGACGUAUUGUAGCAGAAACAUAAGAAUGACGAGAAGGACAGGCUUUGGACCGUGACAACAAAAUCACACCGAGGAGAGCAGGCUGCAGGGCAGCAGUUGAAGAUGAAGUCCAGGAGAGCUGCACCUCCUGAUGGGGGUUAUGGCUGGGUGGUGGUUGUCUCAGCCUUUCUCGUUAUGGGCCUCACUGCCGCUGUCCUCAAGAACUUCGGCCUUUUUUUCCUGGACAUUCAGAGUCAUUUUGGAGUUCCAACCAGCACUACCUCAUGGGUCACCUCCACCACAAUCGCCAUGUUUCACCUGGGAGCUCCACUGGCCAGUGCGCUGACAUUGCAGUUUUCCCAAAGAGUGGUCAUCAUAGUUGGAGGUCUGCUUGCCUCCUCUGGGAUGCUGCUGGCAUCUCUGGACCUCAGUCUGCCCUGGCUCUACCUCACUAUGGGCCUCCUGCAAGGACUGGGCAUUUCCUUCUCAUGGAUCCCUGCCAACAGCAUGGUGAGCCACUACUUUGUGCGAUGGCGUCCCAUAGCCUACGCCAUCGCCAGCUCAGGGGAGUGCGUCUUUGCUAUGGUUUUCAGCCCCUUCUUCCAGUGGCUAAUCGAGAUGUACACCUGGCAGGGAUCCUUGCUCAUCAUUGGAGGCCUUCAGCUCAACCUGUGUGUGUGCGGUGCUCUCAUGAGACCCCUGCAGACGGUCAAGAGCCCACCACAGGAAACCAAAGACGAACUGGAAGGCGAUGCUGCUGCUCUCCCACCAAAGAGGACAUUUUUCUUCCAGUGCUCACUCAUGAGGAAGCCUGAAUUUUUCCUUUACAUCCUGUUUGCUAUCUUUGCAGCUGCAGGUUUCUUCAUCCCUCCUCUGUUUUUAGUCCCCUUCGCUCAUAGUCUGGGAAUUGAUAAGUACUGGCCUGCCUUGAUCCUUUCCACCCUUGCUUUAGCAGACCUGGCAGGGAGACUGAUCUGUGGCUGGAUCGCCAACAUGAGGCUGCUGAGGAACCUACAGCUUCUCACCAUGGUGGUGACUCUGCUGGGCGUGGUGCUGCUGCUGCUGCCCAUCAGCCACAACUACUGGGCCUUAGUGGCCUCUGCUCUGCUGUACGGCUUCCUCUUCGGCUGUGUGGUGGCCAUUCACGUCACCUCCAUCGUGGACAUUGUAACGCUAGAGGGAUUCGACAAUGGACUAGGGCUCUUCAUGCUUUUCAGGAGCAUCGGGGGCUUUGUCGGUCCACCUGCUGCAGGCUGGCUGGUGGACGAGAUGAAUGACUACAGUGCUGCCUUCUAUCUCUCAGGCUUCUGCCUCAUCUCAUCAGCAGUGUUUGUCAUCUUGGUCGACCGUCUGGUUCAGAGGAGGAAAGUGGUGGAGGCUGAAGUUCAUCAAACGAUCAACAAGGAGGAGUGGGAGGAGGGAAAUGUCAAGUGAGAUUCAGUUACAUGACUAAUGAGGAGCCAGAGGGACUCUUUGUUGGCCUGGUCAGUGUUUUACACGAGCCAGCUGCUGGCUGAUUUGACUUGAAGGUAGAAACCUUCAACCCUUUCAGUAUUGCCCAGUGUUUGAGCAUGGCCACAGACUGAUAGCUAAGUGGCAGAGCAUUAAUUUACAAACUAUAACUCGCUUUUAACUCACUCAGUGUUGGAUACAAUCAGUUAUGAGCAUCAGCAUUAUCUGUCCUCUUGCUUUCGUAAAUUAUUCCAAUCUACAUAUUCAAAUGUAUUCUUUAACAUUUCAAAUGAAUUUAGAUGUUGCUGUUACCGGAGGAGAACUAGCACAUACUGUUGUUCAGUCAGGGCCACAUUUGCCAUUGAAACAGAAAGAGAGAUGCACCAAUGACAAGUAUAAUCCUGUUUAGGAUGCUGUUAUUGUUGACACACUGCAAACCUUUCUAACUCUACAAGCCUUAUAAGCUGUUUAGCCCUCAGGACCCAAACUGUGUUCGUCUGCCCUGGGGAGCCUCUCAAACUGUCAACUGCAGACAGUCAGACUCCAAUAAUAUGUCACUUUAUACUAGAGAUGUGUCACACAUGAGCAGCAGGUUAAGUAAGGACAUUUUGUUUUUAUCAUCCAGAAAAAUCCUACUAAAAUUUAAAAUGUUAGUCCAUUAAUACUAUCCGACUUCCUCACUGUUCCCUUUUACUGACUCAUGUAUGUAUUUAGUUUUUAGUCAAGUUUCUCUAACGGAGCUCUCUUCAAAACAUAGGAAUAAGCUACAUUAAAACUACUAAAACAGAUGGAAACACUGUCCUGUUCUGGUGAAUUACCAUGUGACCUUACUUCGGAAAAAUAUGUAAAGAAGUCAGCAGCUAGAGAGAAUAUUCUUGGAUUCAGUUUUGAUUUUUUUUCCAUGACUUCUGCCUUUCAUGUUUGAUCAUUUUAAAACGAUCCAAGUGGAGCAAAAUGUGCUUAUAGGCGCAUUUUAGACUAAAGAGGUAGACGGCUAACCAUGAAUGCUGCUGAAGACGGCAAAUUUUGACACUAAUGUAAUCCUGCAGGUUAUAUCCAGCUUUCUAGCUUUAAAAUGAGCUUUGAUGCUUUAUAAAUUUACAAAUGUAAGGAGUGUAUUUCAUGGCUAAUUCAACCAGUAUUUAAAAUAUUUAUUUCACCAUUUCCUCCUGUACCUCUAAACUGAUGUCCUAUAUUGCCCGCUUACGGGGGAGGUUUAGUUGCCUGUUUGUCUUUUUGUGUGAUUUCAUAUAUUAUCUUUUUAACUGUUUUCAACUGCAGGAGUUGUAAAGGACUUGUGCUGGGUUUAUUCUGUUUUUUUCCUGUAAUUUAUCCCUUUGCCGCCUUCUUAAGUUUUCAGCAGGAUAAGAGGAACCAAUUGUCUUAACAUUGAAUCAGUAUAUUUUAAGAAAAAGAUUUUAUUUUGUUUUUUUUUUAGAAGCUGUGGGACUGGAGUUUAUCUCCAGGGUUGUACACUAAUGUAGGUCAGACCGCAGUGAGUGAGCCAAGUUUUCACCCCCAAAUAACUCAGGUGACUGUAGGUGUCGUCUUUCUGUUUUUAUGCUGUGUCUCACACCGUGACUGCCCUCUUGUAGUUUGGGUCACAAUCAGGGUGUAGCAGCCUCGUACGAAUCAGUUUUUACUGUGCAAUAAAGACUGAAGAAGUGGUUCUUGUUACUGCUUGUUCCUCUGAUAAAUGUAGAUUCUAAAGCCAUUUUAUAAAGGAAUAUGUUUUCACAGAUUUUACCUCAAGGACUUGUUAGCUCCAGGUUACUUUUGUGCUGUUUUCGAUGUUUUAACUGAAUCACAGUUUGCCCUGACAUGAAAUGUUUAUCACAUUACCAGAGUUUGUAGCAGUUAAAACAUUUAGAUUUUAACAAAUAAAAUACUGCACUGAUUAUC